UAAGGGAUUGUCACCGACAAAGUCAUUCAUCCGUACAACGUCAGAGCGGACCGGACCAAGUGUUGGUGAAGAAUAAAGAAGAUGCGUUUCUUCUCCCGCAAACAGCAACAACCAGAACCCGACAACAACAAUGACGAACAACCCCCCACAGAAGGAUCUGAGACCAAGGGUGAUCUGAGCAAGAUCGCCGCCGAGAAUGAUCUUGUUGCAUCCGCAAAUCAAGCCUCCGGCACGGCCUGGUUAGCGGGACAUUUGAAUCAUUUGACGCCAGAGCAGGAAGAGAAGUUGGUUGAAUUCAAGGCGCUGGUGGAAGAGAAGGGUUAUUAUAAGCCUCGGAAGGAUGAGACGGGUGUUCCUAGCCAUAGUGAUGCUACUUUGCUGCGCUUUUUGCGCGCGCGCAAGUUUGAUGUUCAAGGCGCUUAUAAGCAGUUUUCGGAGACGGAAGAUUGGCGCAAGGAGAAUAAGAUUGAUGAUUUGUAUGAGAAUAUACGACUGGAAUCGUAUGAGCGGACGCGACAAAUGUACCCCCAAUGGACCGGUCGCCGAGACCGUCGCGGUAUCCCCGUCUAUCUCUUCGAAGUCAAACACCUCACCAACAAGAACGUAUCCCAAUUCUCGCAAGAAGUGAGCGAACAAGGCGCUUCCGAAACACACAAGGACUCCACCAUCCCCGCACGUCUUCUCUGUCUCUUCUCGCUAUAUGAGAAUUUACUCCAAUUCGUACAUCCACUAUGCUCUGCUCUUGCGCGACCAAACCCGGAGACCCCGAUUGUCUCUUCCAAUAAUAUCGUGGAUAUCAGUGGAGUGAGCUUGAUGCAGUUUUGGAAUUUGAGAAGUCAUAUGCAAGAUGCUAGUGUGCUGUCUACAGCUCACUAUCCCGAGACUUUGGAUCGUAUUUUCAUUAUUGGAGCCCCGUCUUUCUUCCCCACAGUCUGGAACUGGAUAAAACGCUGGUUUGACCCCGUCACCGUAUCCAAAAUCUUCAUCCUAUCCUCUUCCGAAGUCAAAUCCACCCUUGAAACAUUCAUGGAACCAUCAUCCAUCCCCUCACAGUACGGCGGAACUCUAGAUUUCAAAUGGGGCGAUUUGCCAAAUAUGGACGAUGCUGCGCGUGCGCUAGCAGGGGGAUUGGAGUCUCCGCCUACGACUCCCGGUGGGAAGCCGGCUUUCCUGAAGGGGCCAGUCAGAUUCUUUGAUGAUCAUAUUCAGGUUUUGGGUACGGAUCAGGGUAAGCCUAGACGAGCGAUUAUUCCUGUUCCGCCUGUGAAGACGACAGAAGAACCAGUAGCAGCGAGGACCGAAGCGCCAACAACCGCAGAAGCACAAAUCCAGGAUGAGAAAGUGGACCAGUUAGAAUCUACUCCUGCCCCUGUUGAGACUGCAUCGCCUGCUGCUUAGUGCCUUCACACCGAUUUGGUCAAUCUUUUGGAUAUUGGUUGAUAUUUCUCGGAUUGGUUCUUCGAUAUGCGUAUAUUUGGCCAAUGGGUGGUACAUACCAUGCAAUGCAUGCCCAUGGGAUUUACCUCUUAUUAAUUAUUAUAGAGGCAUUUUACUUAUUACUUAUUUAGGGCGUGUGACUUGAAAGCUACUGGUGCUAAUCUGCAAAUUCUGUGAAUGAAACAAAGCCGUCUAUUGAUCUAGGAAGAUUGAGAAAGAUGCGUAUCGAUACAUUGCAUAACGCGAAUCCCAUCCAAACCAAACCAUUCGAAACUAGAGUAACCGUCGCGCCUGAAAGGGGGUAUUGUGGAGGUGAAAUUGAGGGAGAAAAAAAGAAAUAGAUAAAACACCAUGCUAUGCAGACUUGUUAAUGCCGAGUGAUGGAAUAAAUAUGUGCGGAGGUAGACGCCUGCGCUGUGCUCGCUGAAAAUGCACUAAUGGAGAGUCAUGAAGUAUCGCCGUCCGUCUCGUUAUCCUCCUCGUCGUCGUCCUCGUCGAGGGACCCCAUUUCGUCGUCGUCGUCUUCAUCCAUGUCGACAUCAGAUGAGUCGCUACCGCCAAACGGGUCAUCGUCCACAUCACUAUCGGCCCAGAAAUCAAGAUCUUCUUUAUCCGCAUCAUCCUUUUCAGUCGGCUUGGAAAGGGUGGAUUCAAAGGUAGGCAUGACAAAGCCGUCGGGUAUAUCUUGCUUUGAGCUUUCGACGUCCUGACGAACAUGUUCCCGAUAUCCCUUUGGAUCCUUGCGAAGUUGUACACCCGCAUCGACGUUGGCGGGGGAGGAGCACUCGGCGUCGUCGAGAAGGGAGAGGAUGGAUAUGAGAACGGAUUCGACACGCUGGGCGGGAGACCACCGCUCUGCCGCGAGUUCGCCAGACUGUUCGUCUUCACCGGGUGUAUGGAGGAUGGAGAUGCAUAGUUUGCCGUCGGUGUAAAUGUUUGGAUGCCAUAUGGGGCGAUGAAACCGAAACUCUAGAG